AUGAAGUACGCCGCCGCUCUUGCCGCCUUCGCUGGCGCCGCCAUUGCCGUCCCCGCCGGCGUCAGUGAGACUCUUACUCCCACUGCUUCUGCCCCGGCCAGCUGCGCGCCAACCCACAGCGGCGACUUCUCUAUCAGCAUCGUCAAUGCCACCACUGGCACCAGUGUCACCAAGCGUAGUAUCACCAAGCGCCAGGAUGAGUCCGGUGGCCCUGCCAACAACGCCCUUGUUCUUUCCCUUGACGGCGGUGUCUUGACCGACCAGCUUGGCCGCACUGGCUAUAUCGCCAGCAACCACCAGCUGCAGUUCGACAAGCCUCCUCAGGCGGGCUCUAUUUACACUGCCGGCUUCUCUGCUUGCGGCAACGGCAGCUUGGCUCUUGGUGACUCGGCCGUCUUCUACGGUUGCCAGUCCGGUGAGGGCGCGGGCAAGUUCUACAACUUCUACGAUGAGAACAUCACGCCUAAUCUCUGCUCGCCCAUCUACAUCAACAUCAUCAAGUCGGGCGGUGGCAGCGAGUCCGAAGGCGGCGCCUCUCAGCGCCCCGAUGGCCAGCCCGCCGCCACCACCGCUGUGAGCAUUCGCUCUGACGGCCAGCCCAUCGCUACCUCUGCUGCCACUCCUGUCUCCAUCCGCUCCGACGGCCAGCCCAUCGCCACGGCAGACCCCACUCCUGUUUCGAUCCGCUCGGAUGGCCAACCCAUUGCCACCGCUGAGCCCACUCCUGUCUCUAUCCGUUCCGAUGGCCAGCCCGUUGCUACCCCCGAGCCUACGCCCGUGUCGAUCCGCUCCGAUGGCCAGCCUAUCGCUACCCCCGAGCCUGAGCCCACCCCCAUCUCGAUACGUUCUGACGGCCAGCCUAUUGCUACUCCUGAGCCUGAGCCUACGCCUGUCUCAAUCCGCUCUGACGGCCAGCCGAUCGCCACUCCCGAGCCCACUCCGGUCUCCAUCCGUAGCGAUGGUCAGCCCAUUGCUACCCCCGAGCCUACCCCCGUCUCGAUCCGCUCCGACGGUCAGCCCAUUGCUACCCCUGAGCCUACUCCUGUCUCCAUUCGCUCGGAUGGCCAGCCCAUUGCUACUCCCAACACGUCUAGCUUUGUCAUCGCUACUCCCUCGACCCCCACUCCUACGCCGACUCCUCAGGCUUACACGGGUGCUGCCGCACCCGUCGGCGUGUGGGGUAGCGGCCUCGCCAUGGUGGGCGCCGUCGCCGUCGCCGUCGCUGUGCUGUAA